AUGCAAGCAAUUAAUUCACAACUUUGUGAACAAGUUAAUCUCCCACCUAUUCAGUUUGGUAUUGGAAUUUCAAGAUCUGAAUGUUUGAUUGGUAAUAUUGGAACGGCUGCUGUUAGAUUUUCUGCUCUGAUUGGAGCUUGUUCCAGUAAUGCAUUGAGAUUAUCAUGUUUGUGUGCCUAUUUGGGAACUUCCAUCUUGACAGAUGAAUCUCUCAUGUUGGCACUUCAGAGAGGAUUCAUAACGAGACCUGUACAUUUUAUUAGAAAGACAUCGAUAUUUGAUGGUGAGGUGUUGAGCUUGGAAGAUGGUGAUGACGACAAUAAGCAAACCAUUUAUCAACUACUCGGAGAAUCCAAACUUCAAGAUGAUGAAUGGCUCUACGAAUUGCAGCAACACGAAAACAAUAACAAGUACAAGGAAUUCGAUAGAGCUUUUGAUUUACUUCGAGUUGGAAGUGUAGAUUCUAAAUUGUUGGCAGAAAUUUGUGAUGUAUUUGGUUCUUAUCUGAGUAAAUAUCCUGAAGACAGAGUUGUCUCACUCCUAUACACGCAACUGACAGAAUUAUCCAAGCUAGAUGCCAAAGACGUGGAGAAGGCAGUUAGAUCUUUCAGUUUGGAAAAGACAGACGUUCCACUCCAUACUGAUCCUUCUUUUAUAUUGUAA